AUGGCUCUGCACUCUCCUCACAGGUAUAAGCAUAAUCGGUCAAAGAGUAUGCCCUCAAGCCCAAAAGGACACCCAAGUCUUACAGACACACUUGUAGGUGAGGUGGAAAGUUUGGAGGAGUCUUGUUCUUCCUCAUCAUCUUUUGGAGCGGAUUGGUUUGGCCCAGCAUUGGAGGUGGUGAUCAAUUGCUAUUCCAAUUUGUCAAACAUGCAGAUAGACAUGGAAGGCGUUGGGAGCAAAUGGAUCAAUGCACAUCUGGAUGACAUACUUCAUCUGCUUGAAGCGUCCAAUUUGUUGAGGGACACCAUUACAGAGAUCAGAAAGCAACACACGAGCGUGCAGGUAGCGAUUCGUGGCCUUGGCCGUGAUCAGACUUGCUCUGCCCAUGCCCAUGAAAGGGCACGCUCUACCCUUGCCAUGUGGCUGAGUAAGAAGAAGGACACACACACUCAGCUGGAAAAAUGCAUGUCCAUUUUGAGGCGAAUGGCAGAGAAGCUCAACGUUGAGGAUAAAGCAGGAGUAGCAGAAGCUGUCAUCAACAUCAACUAUGCGAAGGCCAUCACCGUCAUGAUCUUCUCUGCCUUUGUCACUGCUCUAUCCUUCAAGACAUCCCACAUGAGGAUGCCAUCUCUUCCUCUUCCUACCCAUUUUACUCGUCUCCAGCAAAAGCUAAAGCAGUCAUUUGAUAUAAGAAAAAGGUCUUCAUCGGCAUCAAGGUUCUUGCACGAGUUAGAAGCAGCAGAUAUUUCACUGGGAGAUCUCAACAAUCUUCUCAUUUCCAAGUCCAAAUUGCAGCUCCCGAUUAAUCUCUCUCCCUCCACGUUGGCACUCAAUGACUUGGAGACUGCUCUCCCACUCCUUGAACACAAAAUUGACCAGCUAUUCAAGUAUCUCAUCUCUGUCAGAGUUGCAGUAUUGAACACCCUUUCUUGUCAUUGA